GGUGAUGUCACGUGACCACACUCCUCUCCCUCCCCUGAGAUCCGAUCGAUCUCCAUCUGUUGUUUUUUCGGUUUUCCUCUCUCGCUCGCUACCUUCUGCUUUAUCUUCUUCACGAUUCCUGAGCUCCCUAUGCAUCUUCAAUGGCGACGAUAAGCAAAGCCCUAAGGCCGAAACCGGCUCCGGGCUCUCAACGUCUUGUUCUUCUAUGUAUAGUUUUCUUCGCUUUGCUCCUCCUUUUGUCUUCCGUGAUCUCCACCGGCGGAUUGGGUUUGCCGUAUCAGAAAACCCUGUUUGAUUAUUUCUUGAGAUCUCCUCGUGGCAAGAGACAACAUACUUUGUCGGAGAAGUACUUGUAUUGGGGAAACCGAGUUGAUUGUCCUGGUAAGUACUGCGAUACGUGUGCGGGUUUGGGUCAUCAGGAAUCCAGCCUCAGGUGUGCCCUCGAGGAAGCCAUGUUUCUCAACAGGACCUUUGUGAUGCCUUCUCGGAUGUGCAUUAACCCGAUGCACAAUAAGAAAGGGAUACUCCAUCGAUCUGCUAAUGAAACUACUGAAGAUGGUUGGGAAGGAAGCUCUUGUGCAAUGGAGUCUUUGUAUGAUAUUGAUCUCAUAUCUGAGAAGAUACCCGUGAUAUUGGACGACUCAAGGACGUGGCAUAUCGUGCUAUCGACGAGUAUGAAGUUAGGAGAACGAGGGAUUGCGUAUGUCCAAGGAGUUAGCCGGCGUGAGCUAAGAGAUGAUAGCCGCUACUCAAAGCGUUUGCUCAUUAAUCGAACUGCUAGUCCCCUUUCAUGGUUCAUGGAGUGUAAAGAUCGAUACAAUCGAAGUGCUGUUAUGCUUCCUUAUUCAUUUCUCCCUAAAAUGGCAGCGGCAAAAUGGAGAGAUGCAGCAGAAAAGAUCAGAACACAACUCGGAGAUUUUGAUGCUAUCCAUGUUCGUCGAGGUGACAAGCUGAAAACCAGAAAGGACAGGUUUGGUGUUGAAAGGACCUUGUUUCCGCAUCUAGACAGAGAUACACGCCCCGAAUUUAUCCUUCGCAGGAUCGGGAAGUGGGUCCCGCCUGGGCGGACUCUUUUUAUUGCUUCGAAUGAGAGAACGCCUGGAUUCUUCUCACCUCUUGCUGUCAGGUACAAACUGGCUUAUUCAUCAAACUUCAGCCAGAUUCUGGAUCCCGUAAUAGAGAACAAUUACCAGUUGUUCAUGGUGGAAAGGCUUAUCAUGAUGGGUGCCAAGACAUUCUUCAAUACAUUUAAAGAAUACGAGACGGAUCUGACUUUAACAGAUGAUCCAAAAAAGACAAAGAAUUGGCAGAGACCCGUAUACUCCGUGGAUGAAAAUGCAAGCUAAAGCUUUGGCUCCUACAUCGUGUCCGCAUCCCCUGCUUCGGGUCCGAGUGCAUGGCUUCAAGCCCCGGCUAACCAUUUUCAGAAUCUUGUCUGAAGUCUUGAAUAUACAUAUGGAAUCCAGAGCAUCUUGCACGUGUGUAAAUGGUUUGUACGCAGACGAUGUAGUUUUUUUUUCCAGCAAAAUUUUUUCCAAUUUCAUCAAUGCAUAAGCACCUCAAGAUUGGAUUAGCUGGAUUAAGCAAGUUGUAACCAGAAUAUACCGUACGGUCGUAAACACUGACAGCUUCAGAAAUUGCUUAUUAGCCUUGAGGAUA